CACUCCCUUGUAUACAUACACAGAGAUCUGUAUCUAUAUUCUAUAUCCAUCCAUAUCCAUAUAUAUAAUCAAGUGAAACACACUUCAGAUUCAAAUCACCACCGCUAAUGAACUUCUUCAAAUCCGUCUUCUCCGACGACCCCGAUGAUUCUACUCCCCAAACUACCCCCACUCUUCCCCCAAAUCCCGAACCAAACCCUAACCCUAACCCCGACCCGGCCCAUGACCCGACCCGCGAAAUCUCCACCGUCACCACCGCCUGGUCCUUCGGCACCACUCUCUUGAAAAACCUGGCCUCGAAAUCCGAGUCAGUGAUCGACACUUAUCGCCGUGAUCUGGAGGAAUUCAGCUCCGGGAUUCGGAAGGAGACGGAGGUGAUCCGACAAGCCGCUUCGAAGGCGGUGCACGACUUGCCGGGAUCGCUGGAGGCCGGCGCGGCGGUGGCGCAGGAGAAAUUGGAGUCUGUUGGGCAAGUGAUUGAUGAUUUUACGGAUAUAAUUGUGCGGAAUAGGGAUAUUCUGGUUGUUAAUGAUCGGGGAGAGGAGUACGAUUACCCGAGGGGGGGAGGGGAGGGGGGAGGGAAUGUGAGGGCGUAUAGUCGGGUGGAGGCGUUGGUGAGGGGAGUGGAAUGUGAUUUGAAUACGUAUUGUAGGGAGGUGGAGGAGGUGGAGGAGUUUGAGGAGUGGAGGAAGGGGUUUGGGGAGGGGGAGAGAGCGGGGGCGAUUGAGGAGGCGGUGGAGGGGAAUGGGGUGAUUCGGGAGAUUUUUGAGGAGGUGGUUCCGGGGAAAGUGAGUGAGGAGGUUUUUUGGGAGAGGUUGUUUUUUAGGGUGUGGAAGGUGAGGAAGGCGGAGGAGGCUAGGAGUAGGUUGGUGAGGAGGGCGAUUUCGGGGGAUGAGGAGGAGUUGAGUUGGGAUGUGGAUGAGGAGGAGUUUGAGGAGUGUGAGGAGAGGACGUUGGAACGGGGGGAUGCAGUGGAGGGGAAAGGGCGGAAGUUGGAAAAUGAGGAGGAAGGUGGUGGUAAGGAGUUGGGAAUUGGGAGUUUGGAGGAGACGGAUUUGAAUGGGGAUAAGAAGGUGGAGGAGACUGAAUUGAGUGUUGAUAAACAGGCGGGGGAGAGUGGAUCUAGUGUUGAUAAGCAGGCAGGGAGAAUUGAUGAGAAAGUGACGUCAGAAGGGAAAACAGAUAGUGAUAUAUCGGUUAUUUCUAGUCAGUUGUCUCCUGAGGAAGAGGAUCUUGGAUGGGAUGAGAUUGAAGAUAUUGGGAGUGGUGAUGAGCGUAAGGCGGCGGCGGAUGUGAGUCCAAAUAAAGCUGAUUUGCGCAAACGAUUGAGUGUUGCUGCUGCUGCGGAUGAAGAAGAAGAUUUGACAUGGGAUAUUGAAGAUGACGAUGAGCCUGUGAAGUCGUGAUCAUCGAGAUUACAAUCUAUGUUUAUGCCUAACAGCACGUCUCAGGUUGAUAAGUCAUGAAUUGAAUUUAUCGUAUUAAUGUCUACUGUUUCAAAUUCCUUUCUAAGAUGUCGUUUGACAGGAAUUGUGUUUGAUAUUUCAAUGUACAUAUUGCAAUCUUUCUCAGUGGAGCUAUCUAAAUGUGCUCUCUAUACUUUAGACACACUUAUUAAUGUACUUGGGAUCUCUGUUAACCCUCGGAACAUCUGCACAUUUCUCAGAACUAUAAUGUACUGUUUUCUUGUUA